AUGGCUACUGGGAAGGGAGUUCUGCAGAGCCCUUCAGCUGAAAACAGAUGGCAGCGUGAAUCUGAGCAGGGCUGGGGCCGGAAGCCGGUGCUACUGGAGGAAAUGAACCACCUGGGCUCUGAGACUGCCCUGGGUGGCAGUGGCCAGGAUGAGGCCUGUGCCGAAAUGGUACUGUCAGUGGCCCCAGGCAAGCCCAGGCUGGGAAAGCUGAUGCCCCAGAAGACUUGGUGGGAACAGGGGCAGAGCGCCUUCACAGAGGUGCCUCGGCUCAAGAAGAGGCUCGGGGGCGAGCAGGCCCAGGACAGAGAGCACAGUGGCCCUGUAGGCCAGCCUGGCCCCCAGCAGCUGACCCUCGAUAUCCCCAGGGACCUAACUGGCAGCACCUGCAUCUCUGUGUGGCCCAGUGGAGCCUGCAGGGAGCAGAGAAGUGCCUUCAGCAAGCCAGCCAGGGGUCCAGCAGGGAGACUGGGACCAGCCUGUGUCUUUCAGGCCGGUGAACCUGCAGACGCCCUGGGAGAGCUGCUGGGACUCAUCAACACGGUUGAUGUCACUUGCUGGGGUCGACUUUCCCACUCCAAGCUUUUGGUGGGUGAUUUCUGGAACCUGCGAACAGUGCCACCAAAUGCUCCUCUCUGCGGCACUUUCCUGGGCGCCCCCAGGCUGUGGCUCAAGCACGCCACGGUCCAGAUCCCCACGCCCCCAUUGUCGUCCUCUACCAGCUCUUGGGCCCUGCUGCCCCCUACGCUCACCUCCCUGGGCCUGUCCACCCAGAACUGGUGCGCCAAGUGCAACCUGUCCUUCCGCCUGACCUCCGACCUGGUCUUCCACAUGAGAUCCCACCACAAAAAGGAGCGUGCGGGGCCCGACCUGCGUUCUAAGAGGCUGAGAGCAGAGGCCCUCACGUGCCCCAUUUGCCACGAGUACUUCCGCGAGCGCCACCACCUCUCCCGGCACAUGACUUCGCACAGUUAA